AAGUAUCAUAAUAAACAUUUACAUUAUCCUGCAUUAAGUGCCAGUUCUUCAAUUCGAUUUUGACACCAACCAACCUAUAAGCUAGCUAGCUAUAAAAUAUAUUGAAGUUAUGUCGUGUCUAUCUGCUCCGCUAUACCAGAAGUUUACUGUCGUAAACUCACUGAGCUCUAGCUCAGUGUGUAAACUUUAGAUUGUUGGAUGACGUCGGAGGACUCAUACCAUUGGCUCACAUGACCCAUGCUACCUCUCGUUGGCCGUUACGGUUUUGUCAGUGGGAAAACUGCGAAGAUUGUGAUCGCUACUUUUUAAGGACGCCUCUGUUUCUGUGGAAGACAACGAGGACUUUAUACUUAAUCAUUGCGGCUUGCGUGAGAGAGAGCAUGUCCAACAACCAUUUCGAAUUAACUAUUGACGUUCCCUUUCCUUCACAGAGGGAGGUGUCGAUUGCACUUCAGUCCUUGUCCCCUGAUCGUGAGCCAGGGACAGGGGGCACCAUAAAAACUCUGAGUGCUUCAGCCAAUGCACUAUCUGUAAAAUGGAAUGCUGUUGAGGCUCGCAGUCUUCGUGUAUCAGUAGGCUCAUUUUUAGAUCACUUGGCACUGGUAAUGGAAACGAUGGAUGCAUUUGGACAACCAGCUGUACAGUGAAACGAAUGGAGCAUGCUGACAGAAAAUUUGCCUGGACUACAUUCAUUUAUCUUAAACCCAUUUAAAUCUGUCCUAUUUGAAAAUAUUGUAUUGUUUAUGUAAUAAAAAUCAAACUCCUUGG